AUGGCAUCUUCAAAUUCACCAUGUGCAGCAUGCAAGUUUCUACGCCGCAAAUGCCAACCAGAAUGUGCAUUUGCACCUUAUUUCCCACCUGAUCAGCCACAAAAAUUUGCGAAUGUUCAUAGAAUUUUUGGGGCAAGUAAUGUUACAAAGCUUCUCAAUGAUUUACACCCUCACCAACGUGAAGACGCUGUUAAUUCUCUUGCUUAUGAAGCUGAAAUGCGACUUCGUGAUCCUGUUUACGGUUGCGUAGGUGUAAUUUCUCUCCUUCAACACCAACUUCGGCAGCUUCAGAUGGAUCUUUAUUGCGCGAAAUCAGAACUCUCUCGUUACCAGAGUUUAAGCAUCGCAGCGGCCAAUACAGGUCUCUUAACUAGUGAAUCUGUUACGGCCGCUGCGACUAAUUACCACCACCAUACACAGAACAACACUGCUAGUGGUGGUGGUAAUAACAAUAACGGUAUCACCUGUGAUAAUAACCAUCAUUAUCAUCUUCAACACCAUCACUUUUUUCCUAGAGAUCAACAUCAACAGCAUAAUUUGGUGGUUAGAAACUUUGAUGCUGGAAUUGGAAACAACUAUGAUGCUAGUCUUUUGGCUAUGAAUAUAUCUGCUAGCUUAGGGCAGAUCAAUCAGCUUCAACAUCACAGUGCCGCCGGUGGUGGUGGUGAUGACCGCCGUACUGUUAACCGCUCCUAG